GAUGCGUCCUCCCCACGUCGUGUGGACAUAAAAAAAAUAAUAAUAAAAAAGGACACCUGCAACUGUGAUGACUGCAGAAGAAGUACAGCACUCCAAAGAAAGGCAUCAUGACAACUUGUGCACCGCAGGCGUGGCCUGUUCCAAUAUGUCCGUCAUAAGGUGAUUAGUGCUCUGGCAAGUCUGGAAGUCACUUUUGCCCGCCAAACCGUGGAUUCAACACGCACGUCCGUCCCGGUUCUCUGGAGGUUUUUUUUUUUUUGCAUCGCCAUGAAGCGGAAUAAGCCCUGACCAAGAGAAGACAUGGCUUUCCCCAGGAGGAUUUGGCAGCUGCUUCUUCUGAAGACUCAACAAUUCAACUCUGGAAAAGAUGCUUUAAAUCUCGGAGUUUCAUUGCUGUAAGUCCACUUCAGUACAGGAAAUCAGGAUGAAAAGAUGGCAGCCAUGCUGUUACCAACGGGUCCUGAUGGCUUGCGGCCGUUCACUCGCGAAUCCUUGGCUGCCGUGGAGCAGCGGAUUGCAGAGGAGCAGGCCAGGAAGGCCAAGGAUUGCAAGGAGACUCACAAGAACGUGGAGCCGGGCAGACCUCGGCUCGACCUGGAGGCGGGCAAGCAGCUGCCGCGCAUCUUCGCCGACAUCCCCACAGAACUUAUCGGGGUGCCACUGGAAGACAUCGACCCGUUCUACUUCAAGAACCAGAGGACCUUUAUAGUACUUAACAAAGGAAAGGCCAUCUUCAGAUUCAGUGCCACAUCUGCUCUUUACAUUUUCACCCCCUUCCACUUCCUCAGAACUAUUGCCAUCAAAGUUUUAGUCCACUCCUUGUUCAGCCUGUUCAUCAUGUUCACCAUCCUGACCAACUGUUGCUUCAUGGCCAUGUCGGACCCAGCACCGUGGACCAAGCACCUGGAAUACACUUUCACUGCCAUUUACACUUUCGAGUCAGUGAUAAAGAUAUUUGCCCGAGGAUUCUGCACAGUUCCGUUUACCUUUUUGAGGGACCCGUGGAACUGGCUGGACUUCAGCGUCAUCGUCAUGGCAUACGUAACAGAAUUUGUAGACCUGGGAAACGUCUCCGCACUCAGAACCUUCAGAGUGCUGCGCGCCCUGAAAACCAUCUCGGUCAUACCAGGUCUGAAGACCAUCGUGGGAGCCCUGAUCCAGUCGGUGAAGAAGCUGGCGGACGUCAUGAUCCUGACCGUGUUUUGUCUCAGCGUCUUCGCCCUGAUCGGCCUGCAGCUUUUCAUGGGGCUGCUUCGGCAAAAGUGCAUCCGGAGCCUGGCGCACUGCAUCAACUCCUCCUACAGUCUCAAUGCGUCUUUCAUCUGCAACAACAGGACCUGGAGCUCCAGGGCGGACUUUCUCACCAGCGAAGAUAAUUUUUACAAAGUCGAAGGAGCAAAGGAUGCCUUAAUAUGCGGAUACGGCAGUGACGCGGGGAAGUGCCCGGAUGGAUUCGACUGCCUGAAGGUGGGGAGGAAUCCCAACUACGGCUACACCAGCUUCGACACUUUCGGCUGGGCCUUUCUGGCCCUUUUCCGUCUCAUGACCCAAGACUACUGGGAGAAACUGUUUCACCAGACUCUGCGCUCGGCCGGGAAAACCUACAUGGUGUUCUUUGUGCUGGUUAUCUUCCUGGGCUCCUUCUACCUGGUCAACCUGAUCCUGGCUGUCGUAGCCAUGGCCUACGAGGAGCAGAACCAGGCCACCAUCGCCGAGGCCUGGCAGAAGGAGAGAGAAUUUCAACUGGCCAUGGAGCAUCUCCGUCGAGAGCAGAGAUUGGCAGCGAAAAGGCAAGCGCAAGAAACCGACUCCAUCUUGUCCCCGGAGCGGUCUCCGUUCUGCGUGAAGACGGGAAGUUUGAGGAGAAACAGCACUCGAAGGAGACGAUCUCACAGGGCGUUAUCGGAAGAAACGGCGGAGGAAGCUGAGGACAAGAUUGACCCGCUGGAUGAGCUAAAGCCUCCGCUGUCUCCCCUGCCGGCGCACCCUCUGCUGGCCACGCUCUCCUCCCACCCGCUCAGCACCAGGCGAGCAAGCCAGGUCAGCAUCUUCAGCGCCUUUCGGGUACGCAACAACUCCGAGGCUGACUUUGGGGACGACGAAUACAGCGUCCACGGGGACGCGUUCAGAAGCCGCGCAAGCUCGACUGCGACACACUGGAAGCGGAGGACAGGCAGCGUGAGGAGCCAUUGCUCCCAGGUCUUCACCCCCAACCUCACAGUCAACGGACGGAUCAACGUUCCCCUCGACCACAACGGGGUCGCGGCGGUGGGGCCGCACACUCUGGGCUCCCUGCCGGCUUACAGCAUGGAGAGGAUCAAGGAGGACACGAAGCCCACCAGUACAGAAGACAGUGUCCAAAAACCUCUACUUCAGCCGUCCCCCACAGUGACCGAGCGUCCUCCUGUGCUCAGAAAAAGAGGACUCAGCUCCGUCAGCUUCUUCAGUGACGCCAUGGACGAGUUGGAAGAGUCUAGACAAAAGUGUCACCCCUGCUGGUACACGUUUGCCAAGAAGUACUUGAUAUGGGACUGCUGCUCCUGGUGGCUGAAACUGAAGGAAUGGGUGAAGUUGAUGGUGAUGGAUCCUUUCCUGGACUUGGGUAUCACCAUAUGUAUUGUGCUGAACACCCUCUUCAUGGCCCUGGAACACUACCCCAUGACUGACGAGUUCAACACCAUGCUGUCAGUGGGAAAUCUGGUUUUCACUGGGAUCUUUACGGCCGAGAUGGUACUGAAGCUGAUCGCCAUGGACCCGUACUAUUACUUCCAACAGGGCUGGAACAUCUUUGACGGAGUCAUUGUUUGCCUCAGUCUGAUGGAGUUGGGUCUCUCCAAUGUGGAGGGGCUAUCUGUUCUGCGCUCCUUCAGACUGUUGCGAGUCUUCAAACUGGCCAAGUCUUGGCCCACCCUCAAUACGCUCAUUAAAAUCAUUGGCAACUCAGUCGGCGCUCUGGGAAACCUGACGCUGGUGUUGGCCAUCAUCGUCUUCAUCUUCGCCGUGGUUGGCAUGCAGCUCUUUGGCAAGAACUACCAGGACUGUGUGUGCAAGAUCUCUCAUAACUGUCAGCUUCCUCGCUGGCACAUGAAGGACUUCUUUCACUCCUUCCUGAUUGUGUUCAGAGUGCUGUGUGGCGAGUGGAUUGAAACCAUGUGGGAUUGUAUGGAAGUAGCCGGGCAACCGCUCUGUAUCCUGGUGUUCAUGCUGGUCAUGGUCAUUGGGAACUUGGUGGUUUUAAAUCUCUUCCUGGCCUUGCUGCUCAGCUCUUUCAGCUCUGACAACCUCUCGGCCCCGGACGAGGACGGCGAUUUGAACAACAUCCAGAUCGCCAUCGCUCGCAUCCACUCGGGCGUCUCUUGGCUGACCAACGGCGUCACGGACCUCUUCAACCACACUUUGAGAUGCCGGCAAAGGAAGACCAAGGAACGCUGCAAAGCAGUGGUGCUGGUCGGCAACCACCUGGAUAGCAACGGUGGGAUUUAUGGACGCUACGGGGAUAAGUACGUCAUAACGGAGGAGGACAGCUACAUGACCAACCCCAACCUGACUGUCAUUGUUCCUAUCGCGCCUGGGGAGUCCGACGUGGAGUUUAUGGAGGAAGAGGAGAUUUCCGAAUCAUCAGAGGAUGAAGACAACAAAGAGAAGAUCAGUCUGUCAGAAGGCAGCACCGUGGAUCUCCGGAAGCCUGGUGAAGAGAUGGACAAUUUGUCGGAACUGGCUGAAGAGUGUAUGGAGCCAGAGGAAUGCUUCCCGGAAUUUUUCUUGAGGCAUUGCCACUGCUGUGAAAUCGACAUCAGCCAAGGUCUGGGCCAGGCCUGGUGGAGACUGAGGAAGACCUGCUACCAGAUAGUGGAGCACAGCUGGUUUGAGACCUUCAUCAUAUUCAUGAUCCUGCUCAGCAGUGGAGCUCUGGCGUUCGAGGACAUCUACAUCGAGAAGAGAAAAGUCAUCAAAGUCAUGUUGGAGUAUUCCGACAAAGUCUUCUCCUACAUCUUCGUCCUGGAGAUGUUCCUCAAAUGGAUCGCGUACGGCUUCAAGAAGUACUUCACCAACUACUGGUGCUGGCUGGACUUCCUCAUCGUGGACAUCGCGACAGACCGCUCUAUUGUUAGGGUGUCGCUGAUAAGUCUGGUGGCAAACUCUCUGGGAUAUUCCGACUUUGCUGCAAUCAAGUCUCUGAGGACGCUCCGAGCUUUGCGGCCCCUCAGAGCUCUGUCCAGAUUCGAGGGCAUGCGGGUGGUGGUGAACGCUCUCAUCGGCGCCAUCCCCUCCAUCAUGAACGUGCUGCUGGUUUGCCUCAUCUUCUGGCUCAUCUUCAGCAUCAUGGGGGUCAACCUGUUCGCCGGCAAGUUCGGCAAGUGCGUGAACCGGACGGGCUUCAUCCACAGCUCCCUGCUGGUCAACAACAAGUCGGACUGCCUGGCCAUGAACGACACGCAGUACUACUGGACCACGGUCAAGGUCAACUUUGACAACGUGGGACUGGGCUACCUGUCCCUCCUGCAAGUGGCGACUUUCAAAGGCUGGAUGGAGAUCAUGCACGCAGCUGUUGACUCCAGAGGAGUGGAGGAGCAACCCAUCAGGGAGGUCAACCUGUACAUGUACAUUUACUUUGUGGUUUUCAUCAUAUUCGGCUCCUUCUUCACCCUCAACCUCUUCAUCGGCGUCAUCAUCGACAAUUUCAACCAGCAGAAAAGAAAGUUAGGUGGACAGGAUAUUUUCAUGACCGAGGAGCAGAAGAAAUAUUACAACGCUAUGAAGAAGUUAGGAAGUAAAAAGCCACAAAAGCCAAUUCCAAGACCUGGGAACAUUCUCCAAGCCUUCUUCUUCGACCUGGUCUCCAAGCAAGCCUUCGACAUCAUGAUCAUGAUGCUGAUCAUCGUCAACAUGCUGACCAUGAUGGUGGAGACGGACGAGCAGUCGGAGCGCAAGGAGUCCAUCCUCAACAAGAUCAACCUGGUCUUCAUCGUCAUCUUCACAACGGAAUGCCUCAUCAAGAUCUUCGCCCUGCGCUGUUACUUCUUCACGGUGGCGUGGAACAUCUUUGAUUUUGUCGUGAUCAUCCUCUCCAUCGUGGGGAUCGUUCUUGCUGACAUCAUCGAGAAGUACUUCGUCUCUCCGACCCUGUUUCGAGUCAUCCGCCUGGCAAGGAUAGGACGUGUGCUCCGACUCAUCCGCGCAGCCAAAGGAAUAAGGACUCUACUGUUCGCCUUAAUGAUGUCCAUGCCGGCGCUGUUCAACAUCGGCCUCCUGCUCUUCCUCGUCAUGUUCAUCUACGCCAUCUUUGGCAUGGCGAACUUUGCCUAUGUGAAAAAGCAAGACGGAAUCGACGACAUGUUCAACUUCGAGACCUUUGGGAAUAGCAUGAUCUGCCUUUUCCAGAUCAGUACCUCGGCAGGCUGGGACAACCUCCUGAGUCCGAUAAUGGCCAGCUCCCCGGACGAGUGCGACGUUAAUUUUGUCAACACCGGCACAAACACCCGGGGGAACUGUGGCAGUCCCUCCAUGGGCAUCGCUUUCUUCGUGAGCUACAUCAUCAUCUCCUUCCUCAUCGUGGUCAAUAUGUACAUAGCCAUCAUUCUGGAGAACUUCAGCGUGGCCACGGAGGAGAGCACGGAUCCGCUGAGCGAGGACGACUUCGAGAUGUUCUACGAGGUUUGGGAGAAGUUUGAUUCCGAGGCCACGCAGUUCAUCGAGUUCUCCGUGCUGUCCAACUUCGCCGACACCCUGUCCGAGCCUCUGCGCAUAGCCAAGCCCAACAAGAUCAAACUGAUCUCCAUGGACCUCCCCAUGGUCAGUGGGGAUAGAAUCCACUGCCUGGAUAUCUUGUUUGCCUUCACAAAGCGGGUCCUGGGAGAGUCCGGCGAGAUGGAUGCCCUCAAACAACAAAUGGAGGAGAAGUUUAUGAUGACCAACCCCUCCAAGAUUUCCCACGAGCCCAUUACCUCCACGCUGCGACACAAGCUGGAGGAGGUGUCGGCGGUCAUCAUUCAGAGGUGUUACAGGAGGCACCUGGUCCGCCGGCACAUGAAGCAGGCCUCUUACCUCUACAGGCAAAUCAACUAUGAGACUGUAGUGGAUGUGGAGAACGCGCCAGAGACCGAGGGGCUCUUGGCAUCCAUGAUUCACCACUACGGUCUAGCGGGGGAGGACUUUCUAGAGACAACAGAGACCACGCUAAUGUCCUCGCCACCUUCUUACGACAGUGUGACCAGGGCAGCCAAUGAACUCUCAGAGUUCAUCAGACUAAUAUCCAGAGACUCCGAACGCGGGGAUCCUCGCGAAAACUUCGAGGAAACCUUUCUUUGAGAUCGGAAUGUGUUGUUUGAAGUCAUGGUCAAAGAGAUUUACCUUCCAACGAGUGCAGUGUUCAAUUAAAACACCCGUGCGGAACAUUAAAACACCCAACCCGAUACAACAAUGUAGUACCUCAACUUACGAACUCAAGUGGUUCUGGGACGUAGCUAUCUCAAAGCACACUGAAAUGAAGUCAAAUCAAUUCAAAACAGCACCAUACUAGCAUGUAAGGAAAAACUGUAUAAAAACAAUACAACAGAAUGUACCUUUCACAACGACGGUAGUUUUCAUGGAAUAAUGAGGUCCGGCGGUGUCUCUUUCCAGCUGAUCCUCUGUCAAUCUGAUGUGUAGUCCUGGUCUCGUCGUACUCGUCCGGACAGAAGGGUGACACGGCAGUGCGGCUGGAUCAAAAGAGAUGAGUGGCCUUGUGGUUAGAGUGUCCGCCCUGAGAUCGGUAGGUCGUGAGUUCAAACCCCGGCCGAGUCAUACCAAAGACUAUAAAAAUGGGACCCAUUACUUCCCUGCUUGGCACUCGGCAUCAAGGGUUGGAAUUGGGGGUUAAAUCACCAAAAUGAUUCCCGAGCGUGGCCCCCGCUGCUGCUCACUGCUCCCUUCACCUCACCAAGGGGUGGAACAAGGGCAUGGGUCAAAUGCAGAGGGUAAUUUCACCACACAUAUUGUGCAUGUGACUAUCAGUGGUAAUUUAACUUUUACUUUACUGAAUUAAAAGUUGCUUUAUUACACGCGAGUGUCAUUUACACAGGACUGCAGUUCCUGGAGGAGGUCAAGUCAAAAAUGAGGCACUCCUAACUUGGAGAAGCCAAACCCAACAGUUUUAUAUUCCUCCUCCCUGUCUCUGGGCGUGUGCUAAGUCAGGACAGCACACCCUGACCAUAAAAAGGAGAUGUCGGUGUGUAAGUGUCUGGAAAGACAACAGAUGCCGGUCGUAUCUUAGAUGUUGACAUCAAGCUACGACUACUCAGUGGCCCAGUGGUUCGAGUGUCCGCCCUGAGAUCGGUAGGUCGUGAGUUCAAACCCCGGCCGAGUCAUACCAAAGACUAAAAAAAUGGAACCCAUUACCUCCCUGCUUGGCACUCAGCAUCAAGGGUUGGAAUUGGGGGUUAAAUCACCAAAAUGAUUCCCGAGCGUGGCGACCGCUGCUGCUCACUGCUCCCCUCACCUCCCAGGGGGUGGAACAAGGGGAUGGGUCAAAUGCAGAGGGUAAUUUCACCACACCUAUUGUGUGUGUGUGACUAUCAGUGGUACUUUAACUUUUAACUUUACUGAACCAGAAGUUGCUUUAUUACAAGCGAGUGUCAUUUACACGGGACUGCAGUUCCUGGAGGAGGUCAAGUCAAAAAUGAGGCACUCCUAACUCGGAGAAGCCAAACCCAACAGUUUUAUAUUCCUCCUCCCUGUCUCUGGGCGUGUGCUAAGUCAGGACAGCACACCCCGACCAUAAAAGGAGAUGUCGGUGUGUAAGUGUCUGGAAAGACAACAGAUGCCGGUCGUAUCUUGGAUGUGGACAUCAAACUAAACAUGUAGUCUCUUCUCACGGAUAGGGCCGUGCCCUUUGCAUACCAAGGUCCAAUUUUAUUGCCUUUUCGAAUCCAAUCCACACACAAAUGUCAGUACUAAAGGGCCCUAUGUUAAUAUGCGGCCAAACUGAAAUACCUACUAGUUAAACUGGUGGUUUGCUCUCUCCAAGAUGAAUAUAAACAUUCACCACAUGCAAAACAUAAUAUGCUUUUCAAUAUUUUCAUGGAUAAACGUCGGUUGUUCGGAUGUUAUUCUAACAUCCUUGGCUGGAGUUAGACUCGUUCUGCUUCUGAUUGAACAUAAACAUUCACCAGAAGCGUGUUAGAAAGUAUCCAGUAACAAACGUGUCCGCAUCAUUCCGCUGACUUAUUGUCACCAAAAAAACACUCCACUUUGAAUGCAUAAA